GCGAAUUAACUCGAAGAACUGUCCAGAAACUUUCAUAUCUGUACCGUAGAUUUCAGGAAAAAAGUAUGAAUUUCAAUUGCAUAAUGUAGUUAUAGAUUGUCAUGGUCUUUAAUUAUCGUGCAUUGAAAAUGAAGCUGAAGUUCAAUGGAAGAACUCCUUUGCCAACGAUAGCAUCUACAACGUAAUUCCAUGGGUUGUAGUACUUUAAAAACAGAUUAUUAGUUUCGGCACUUAUCAAAAAUAAAAAUGAGGUCCAUAGUACUCAGAAAAUCAUUCAGCAGCGAUAUCAGAAAAUGUUUAUACAGUACUACACAAUCAAUCAAAGGACCAAAUGAGCCACCGGUGUCCAAAAACACAACAAUUGAUGCAGAGAAUGUACAGCUCCAUGGAAAAAUGAGUAAUCAAUGGUGGAACCUUGAUGGAGGAUUAAGGGCUUUACAUGCUAUGAACACCCUAAGGGUGCAGUUUAUUCGCGAUGGCUUAGCAAAUACAGGUGUGGCUAUGGGAACUCCUAGCAAACCUCUUGAUAAAAUCAAGAUACUCGAUGUGGGUUGUGGGGGUGGUAUCCUCUCUGAACCAUUGGCAAGAAUCGGCGCUGAUGUAACUGGAAUCGAUGCUUCAACAGACUUGAUAAAAAAUGCUACCGAACAUGCAGCAAUAGAUUCGGAUCUUGCAGAUAGAUUACGAUACAUAAAUACCUGUAUAGAGGAGCACUCCGAAAUUGAUGCAGAAAAAUAUGAUGCAGUUGUUGCUUCCGAGGUAUUGGAGCACGUCGCUGACCAAGAACGUUUUUUGAAGUGCUGUACUCGUGCAACUAAACCUGGCGGCUCGUUAUUCCUUUCUACUCUAAAUAGAACAUUGCCAUCCUGGCUUGGUGGAAUUAUCGCAGCAGAGUAUUUACUUAGAAUAGUCCCGAUAGGAACUCAUGAUUGGAACAAGUUCAUCUCUCCCAACGAAGUGCGACGCCUAAUAGAAUCGCAGGGUUGCCAAACCAAAUUGAUCCAUGGGAUGUGCUAUAAUCCAUUAAAAAAUAAGUGGUCUUGGACGUCCUCGACUGCAGUAAAUUACGCUUUACACGCAGUGAAGAGAAAAGAGCCUAGUCAUUAAUAGUAAUACAUCGUUAGCUCAUUCUAGUAUCCUGGAAUGUUGUCUGUACAGCUAAUAAUUUUCUGCGGUAACAUGUAAAUAAACUCCGACUUUCUUCGAUUGUCUAAUAAAAUUCUGGAAAACCUUGAAACAGA